AUGACAAUACAACUCACGAACUUGACCCCAGCGAAGUAUUUCGUGAGCGUGUAUAGGGCUUGGUCGGUGGACAUUGCUCUGGGAAGACCAGCGAUACAAAGCCCUACUUUGCGUGCAUCUGCGUUCGUAUAUAGAUGCUUCCGUGCUGAGGCCGAGGAGUCCUGUGCGCCAAUCCUCGGAGUCGAGCCGGUCGAAGCCACCGGUCUUCGCGCCGCCGCGUGGACCUCCGCGCCCCGCGUGGACUUCGAUGAUGGCGAGACCGUUUGGAUUCGCGACAUCUCGCGUGAGGCCUCUGGUGUUCUGGGUCGCGAGGGGCGCGGCUUCCUCGAAUCCUCACAGGCCACGGCCGAGAGGUCUGGAGUGCCGGUGCAGGGCUUGACGCUGACCUUUCUCGGCCUGUCGCUCAAGGACCAUUGGCGCCUGGCUGACUGUGGUAUCAAGGACUGUGACGCAGUGAAGGCGGACAUGCAAGUCAAGAGGGGCGGCCACUUCGUGGGAGCUCAGCUGGCAGCUGCAGUACAGGCACCUCUUAAGUACCCAAGCCAGUGCUUCUGCACGAAGGAUUACGAAGGUACUGAAGCGGGAGAAGAAGCGGCACCCCAGCUGGCAGAGGCUUUGGCUUUCAGGGAAACGGUGACGAGUUUGGAAGCGAGCGGCCCAAGCCAGGAGCGCUCGACCUGGGAAGGUCUUCACCCGGAAGGCAGCGAGCUCCAGUCGUUGGCCGCUUCCCCGGUGCAGCCGCCAAGCGCGAGCGGUUCGAAGGUGGCCACUCGCGAGAGCACGUCCCAGGCGGAGAAGGACGACACGCUGAGUUUUCUGACCGAGUUGCAUCGAGACAUGUACCGAAAGCCGGAAGCAAGCGAAGGGCGGCCAGGCGAGUCUGAAGGGUUCAGGUUGCUCCAGUCGCUGCGGAGAGAGAGCCGGAGCCAUUCGGAGUGCGAGCCGAAGCCGGCAUCCACGCUGCAGGCUUUCCCAGAUUCUCCUCCCCCAAUGCCUCGACGAAGCCCCGUCUCAAAACUUGACGACGACCUGGUGGUCUUGCAGGAGCAGCGUCACGACCAGAUUCUGACAUCCAUGCAUCUCCAAGAACAGAACCUUCAGUGCCUACGAGAUCAGCAGCAGGGUCUAUUGCAGGAGCUCCAGACAGCACAGGAAGCACAGCAGCAGGCGAGCACAAAGCAGCACUCAGAGCUGCGAGACAUGAGAGACGAUUUGAGGCUGCUCCUCUCAGGCCAGCAGGAAGUCCAUCAAGACCUGACUCGUCUGCAGCAACGCGUUGAGCAAGGAAGUCGAGCUACACCAACUCACCCACAACGGCCCGAAGUUGUCGCCGAGGUGGUGUCGUCCAGGCCCUCGAACUCGCCCCGCCAGGGCGAGAGCUUGCAGCUGUCGGCUCGCAGGUCGUCAGACAUUCCUAACAGCCGUCGCUGGUUGAUACAGCAAGUGUUCCGGAUGCUGGACGUGGAUGGUGAUCAGCGGCUGACGAAGGUGGAGCUGAAAGGCUUAGCGGACCUCAUGGGAUUUGAAGGUGCAGAAGCUGACUGGCUGCAGGAAUACCGACUUCUGUGUGCCGACAGCCAUGUAGAUGAAGGCCUUGGCUUUGACCUCGAGGGCUUUGUGGCACUUCUGGAAAAUCCGAAAGGGUGUCCAUCAACGACUGACUCUCUUUUCAGGGCGCUGUUGGACCUUCGAUGCACUGGAGACGAGGACCGGGAGCGUGCUUCGCUGGUGAUCCGACUUUUUGAGGCACUGGACCGUGACGGUGACGGCUUCUUGGGUGUACGGGAACUCUGGCCGCUGGCAUCAGCCACGGGCUUCAAGGGCUCGGAUGAUGACUGGGCAAGGGAGUACCGGCUCCUCUGUGAGGACUUGGCAAACACCAAGGAGUUGCUGCGGAAGGGCCUGGACUUGCCAACAUUCGGCCGGCUGCUGGCGGACACAUCAGGAAGCGGCUUGCUUUGCUCCGUUCCCCAACUCCACGCCUUCCUGGCCGACUUCACCCGCACUCGCGAGAGUGGCAGAGAGAUUGUCCCAAGAUCCCACGCCGGCAGUCACGGUCUGGCUUUGGCAAGCGACGAGCUGCCUCUGAAGGUGCCCAAUGUGCCCAGUGGUGCAAAAGCCAAGCCACGUAAGGAAGUGCAGGCCGUGGAGGACCACAGCGAGAACAGAAAGAGCAAUGGCACUUCGGGACUCCCGGCCAAGUCAAGAAGCAGGCUGAUUCGAACGGUCUUUCAGCUGAUGGAUGCGAACUCUGAUGGGGUUCUAGAUUCUGAGGAGCUCUUCGUGUUCGCGAGCUUGAGCGGCUUCAAAGCGGGCAAGGCAGCCUGGGAGCUGAAGUACCGACGCCUCUGCGAACGACGGAGUCUGGUGCCUGAGGCUGGCAUCAGCGCGCAGACGUUCGGAGCUCUAUUGGAGGAUUCUAGCGACGCUGGCCUCUAUUGCGCUGAUGCAGAACUGCACAACAUCAUCCAUACACAACGGCGCCCGGCGAGCAAUGAGGCAGAGAGUCGCAGGCCGAGCACCAGCAGUGAGCAGGUCCCAGCACUGGAACGCCCACGCCUGAUCAACGCCUUGUUCUGGUACCUUGAUGUUGACAAGGACGGCCUUCUGGGAGAGCACGAGCUAUUUGGCCUCGUGAGCCAGCUGGGCAUUGACACCGACACCGUCGAGUGGCCGAGGGCAUUUCAGGAAAUCUGUGGCAAAUAUGGUGUCAACGCCAUCGACCUGGAGCAUUUUCAGCUCUUGCUGGAUGACCGUAGCGAGGUCACCUACUGCGAGCCGGAGAGCUUGCACAGCAUUCUGGCAAGGAUCUGGCAGCCCGGAGACGACAGCCCAAGUGCCCCACCACAGAUGAACUCGACGACCUGCGGCUCCACGGGAGAGCUCGCCGUGGCGAUCGCGGUCCGCCGGCCUGCGAUGGCAUUAUCUGACGGAUCAAGCUCCAAGUUACGGCAGUACGUCAGCAAGCUUCCACACGACUCGUACAGCAUCUGCAACUAUCACUCCUCAGACAAGCCGGACAAGCUUUUCGAGGUGCAAGAGCAGCACGGGGGGAAGUGUCGCGUGUGGCUGAAUCCACUACUCGGCUUCCCAGAGGCGAUCAAGGAGGCUCCUCGAGCGGAGUUCGAGGAGCUGUCGGCCGACGUCGAUGAUGCCAAAGAACGCAUCGCCGAGAAGGUGCUGAAGAAGCUGAAGCAGACAGUUGAUCCGCCGGACGUGAUUCGCAAAGGGUCGAAAGAUAACCAAAAGCUGAACCUCGCUCCUGUCAGUCUCUUCGUCGUGGAGGUGGAAGAUGAGGAGGGCACAUGGCAUCUUCUGACUACGUCGCCCGCAGAACACAACUAUCAGCUCUGCAUCAGCAAUGUGAAGCUACGCUUGGAGGUCAGCAGUGACUCCAAGAAGAUCGACUGGAAGCCGGAGGAGUUGGACAACGUGCUGAAGUUCCAUCACCAAGCCCUCUGCCGGGAAGGCGACCAGCACCAACUGGACGAGCUCUUGUAG